ACAAAACAAACAAACAAAAAAAAAAACCUCGAAAACAGGGAGUGAGUGCGGGGGAAACACCGAAAGCGGCUUUUCAGUUUCCCAACGCAGUCAUCAAAAUCCUGAAAUUUUUCCCCACACGAGAAGCCGGAAAUAGAUCAUGGGGGACAAUAAUAAGGUUACGCCUACGCGUGGUUUUGUAAGGCUCAGAAGCCUCGCAUUCAUGCAGACGUGUUCAUAGAAAGCGGCGGGGACACAAAAGAGCGGCGGGGAGCGGGACCCGGAGCCAUGGCUUUCCCCGAGCCAAAGCCGCGGCCACCCGAGCUGCCGCAGAAACUGCUGAAGACGCUGGACUGCGGGCAAGGGGCGGUGCGAGCCGUGCGGUUUAAUGUGGACGGCAACUACUGCCUGACGUGCGGCAGCGACAAGACGCUGAAGCUGUGGAACCCGCUGCGGGGGACGCUGCUCCGCACUUACAGCGGCCACGGCUACGAAGUUCUGGACGCAGCCGGCUCCUUUGACAACAGCAGUCUCUGCUCUGGCGGUGGGGACAAGGCCGUGGUCCUGUGGGAUGUGGCUUCUGGGCAGGUCGUGCGCAAAUUCCGGGGCCACGCCGGGAAAGUGAACACAGUGCAGUUUAAUGAAGAAGCCACAGUCAUACUGUCCGGCUCUAUUGAUUCCAGCAUUCGCUGCUGGGACUGCCGCUCUCGGAGGCCUGAGCCAGUCCAGAUAUUGGACGAAGCCAGAGAUGGUGUGUCCAGCGUGAAGGUGUCUGACCACGAAGUUCUUUCAGGCUCCGUGGACGGCCGCGUGAGGCGCUACGACCUGAGGAUGGGCCAGCUCUUCUCGGACUAUGUGGGCAGCCCCAUCACCUGCACCUGCUUCAGCCAUGACGGCCAGUGCACCCUUGUGUCCAGCCUGGACUCCACACUGCGGCUUCUCGACAAGGACACUGGAGAGCUGCUAGGCGAGUACACGGGCCACAAGAACCAGGAGUACAAGCUGGACUGCAGCCUCAGCACACGUGACACACAUGUGGUCAGCUGCUCUGAGGACGGGAAGGUGUUCUUCUGGGACCUGGUGGAGGGCUCUCUGGCACUGGCCCUGCCUGUGGGCCGCAGCGUGGUGCAGUCACUGGCCUUCCACCCCAGCGAGCCCUGCCUGCUCACCGCCAUGGGGGGCAGCGUGCAGUGCUGGCGUGAGGAGUCCUACGAGGCUGAGGGGGCAGCAGGCUGAAGCCAUGGACCCCCACCAGGCCCAAAGACCAAGUGCAACUGCAAGGACCGAGGACUACAGGGGGACAUUUAUUCCAGAGACACUGAUGAUGGAGGGGACGGGGUGGUACCCUAAUAAAUAGAGGAGGGGAGGCCUCCAGGCUGUCGCUGCUCA